ACCUUACACCUCACCUUCCUUUAUCUCUACUGUACUAUCAGAGUUACUGACGAUAUGGGUGUAACGGUUGAAUCUAUCACGCCUGGUGAUGGUAAACACUUCCCUCAGCGAGGCGAUAGGGUCAAGAUUCAUUAUGUCGGUACCCUGCUGGACGGGAAGAAAUUCGAUUCAAGCCGCGACCGCGGCUCACCAUUCGAGACGGAGAUUGGUGUAGGCAAGGUGAUCAAGGGAUGGGACGAAGGCGUCCCGCAAUUGUCCCUCGGGGAGAAGGCGAUUCUGACCUGCACGCCUGAUUUCGCAUAUGGGGCGCGUGGAUUCCCGCCCGUCAUUCCGCCAAAUUCGACGCUAAAGUUCGAAGUGGAACUGCUGAGCAUUAACUGAUUUACGCCUCACGUAAUGCACGCCAUCGUCGAUUUUUGUAAGCUUUGAGUCGUGGACUACCCUGGGUCAGCUCUCGUGUGUUACAUACUGUUCUGUAUCACUGCAUGUUUUAUAUGUUUUCCAUUACAUUCCCCGGUGCGAUGAGAUAGAGCCAAUGAUGCGUGCCGGAUAUGGUAGUCAGUUAGACUCCUUAAUCGAGAAGACAAUCGGUCAG